AUGAUAGUAAGGCUCGAUCGGCUCACUACAAGGGGGUUGGGCAAGAGAAGAGGAAAGCAGAAUCGGAACUAUGGGAAGCUAUAUAAUGCUCCAGCUGAUAUAGGUAAACAAAGAGUUGUUGAUGGUAAGAGGACAAGUGGGGGAGGUGCUCCUACUCCUCUUAAGUUCUAUAGGUGCGAGAAUGUGAUGACUUGCUACAACUAUGGUGAACCAAGAUAUAUCAGCACUCAUUGCCCGAAGCCUAAGAAAGCUUCAACUGGAGGAAAGGUGUUCGCUCUGACGGGGACUCAGACUUCCAGUGAUGAUAGGUUGAUUAGAGGUAUAUGUUAUAUUAAUAAUACGCCUUUGAUUUCUAUUAUCAAUACUGGAGCUACUCAUUCUUUUAUUGAUGCUGACUGUGUGAAAAGGCUAGGCCUUGUUGUGUCUUAUAUGAGUGGAGAAAUAGUUAUCGAAACUCCUGCUAAAGAUUUUAGCAUUGAUCUUAUGUUCUUUCCAUUAGAGAAUCUUGAUGUUACCUUGGGGAUGAACUGGUUGGAGAUUAAUCAUGUUCAUAUCAAUUGGUAUAACAAGUCGCUGCAAUUUACUGCUCCUGGUGAGGAGGAAGAAGCUAGCUUUUUGUCUUCUAGAGAUUUGAAGGAGAUUUUGGAAGAGGAAGCUCAGGUGUUUGGGCUAUUCGGAGCGUUAUCUACUAAGAUUCAGGCGGUGACUGAUGAAUUGCAGGGUGUUACAUUGUGGUAUCAGAGAUGGUCGGUAUGUCCGGCCAAAUUGUUAAGUCAAUGUGGUGUUACAGUUGAAUACUUUCGAUGUUUCUUUUUAACCAUUAUUGUUGUUGUUGGUGUGGAACAAAAAAAGGAUGGAAGAAAGGAAGUUGUUAUUGAUGCUGCUUUGCUGGUUGUUGCUCAAGUUGUGCAGAAUUAA